AUGUCGUCCUCCAUCGCUAUCCCCAAGCGCAGGAAGCAGCAGGCUGUCAGCGAAGCCCCAAGUCCCAGCAGUUCUUCGUCCUACUCGAGCUCGGCGGACUCACCACGCACGUCGCAAGCUACGUCCGCCACGUCCUCACCGCAGACUCGCUACAACCAUGAUCGGCGGCCGUCGUUGUUGAGCUCCUCCAUCUCGAAGUGCGAGCACAUGGUUAUCAACGUCGGACACCCUGACGCUCCUCGGCUGAUAACGUGUGUCAAGUCUUCGCAAGGCUUCGACUGGAACCAAGACCUCUUCCUCCCCUCCUACAUCGACCAUGACUCUUACGAUCUCGAGCAUAAGAAAGACCCGAUUCAAGACAUAGUUCUUACGGAUGAGGAGGCUGCAUCGUUCCUCCCGCAGUAA